CCGGCUAGCGGCGCAGGAAGCAUCGGGCUGGCCGGCGGACGUGCUCCACGGGGUCGCUUGCCGAUGGUAUUCACUUCGCUGGACUAUUUAUGUCGAUAGGAAUUCGAUAUUCGUUGUAGUUUUCCAGCUGUAUGAGCGCAGUUCUUAACUUUUCUUCAAAUGGUACUUGGAUCAUGAAAUUAGUCUUCGAAGAAUCGACUUAGCAUAUUGAAUGAGUUCAUCAGAGAAGAUGAAGGUGCGUUGAAUUAGCAUAGUUUGGAAGUGAAUCAUACUAACAGCAGUCAGGGAUGUGCUGGCUCGGCUCACUUAUCCGGAUUAUAUGUUUCAACAUCUCGUGUUUGUGUUGCGUAUUUUCAGUGUCGUUGCUCACUUUCGACCGUUUGUGAUUGGUGUCAGUCAGCUCAUCCCCAUGUAGAGCAACCACAUUCGGCAUGUUCAUCGGCAAUUGGGCGACCGUCGCCACCCAUGAACUCCGUCGAUCAACCGUCAUUGGCUCGGAUAUCGACUCCUACUCGGUCGGCUCAAUCUGCUGCUGCUGAACAAUCUCAACCGAGCCGCACGGUGGUUGUUGGCAGGUCUCCUCAGUCCGCUAACACAGAACAACCAUCAUUGGCUCAUAUAUCACCUCCCACUCAAUCAUAUCAUUCUGUUGCCGCCGAACAAUCUCAUCCUACUCGUUCGGUGGUGGUGGCGAGCAGGUCAUCUCAGUCAACUAACCCAGAACAACCUCCAUCCGCUCGUUCAACAUCAGGUAGCCGUCCAUUUUUAGGAGUUAAAACAGUGACUAUGGUGCCUGCUAGUGUCCCGAUAUCUUUAAAGCCAUCCUCCUCUGCCAUUCCCACUGAGACUCCAGUUGAACAUCGCAGAGACAAAAGCAGAUUGUCUGUGGAUUGGGAUAACGUGAGCACAAAAGAGACUAGCAAUCACCGAUCUGCUUCUGCUUUACAAGAUGAGCUUGAUAUGCUACAAGAAGAGAAUGACAGCUUACUUGAAAAGCUUCAACUUGCAGAAGAGAGGUGUGACGAAGCAGAGGCUAAAGCUUGGCAGCUUGAGAAGCAGAUUUCUUCUCUAGGUGAAGGGGUAAAUUUGGAAGCUCGUCUUUUGAGCAGACAAGCGUGUCAUUGUCUUCGGCGUUGUUUCUUGAUGAUGCCAAGUUUUAUGCUUUCUAACAUUUGCUUCUUGAUAGCUCUUCAGAAAGGAAACAGCCUUGCGGCAAAGGGAGGCUGCUCUAAGAGAUGCGGGACAGACACAAGGAGGGAAAACACAAGAGAUUGCUGCUCUUCAAAUUGAAGCUGAGAUAGCAAGAGAUGAGGCAACAUCUGCAUGGGAGAAGUUUCAGGAAGUUCAGACAAUUUCUCAGAGGACCAUACUGACCCAAGAAGAAAUGGUUGUCAAGUCAAGCACUUUUCAUGUGUUUUAUGUUAUUCAUAUAAAUAACAUUUCCUGCCAAUUGUCAUCUUAGGAGGAAGUGGUCCUAAAGAGAUGUUGGCUUGCUCGGUACUGGAGUCUAUGUAUUAAAUACGGUAAGUCAUUCUCGUAACUGAGAACAUACCAGUAAAACAACCAAAAAAAUAAAAAAAGCACAUAAUUGAUCUGAUAA